AUGCAAGACCUCGGUACCCAUGAACUUGCUAGGCUCAAGCAAUUGAUUCCCUCUAUUGGAUUGUUUUUCACUCGACUGCCGCUGGAAAAGGCUUUCUAUAUUGAAGAUGAACGUCGGGCCAUCUCCAAACGGCGAUUGGUUGCACCCUCAUUCAAUGACAUAAGAGUUAUUUUAAACACUGCACAAAUUUUGGAGCUCUCCAAGCGUUUCCAUCGGCCUCAAUCAUCGCAGCUCAAACUUAUCACCUUCGAUGGAGACGUGACCUUGUACGAAGAUGGAAAAUCUAUGGAGCAUGAUUCUCCGAUCAUACCUCAUCUAGUAUCUCUGCUAUCUCAAGAUGUUACCAUUGGAGUGGUUACUGCAGCUGGCUAUAGUGAUCCCUCUGGGUUGAAAUACGAGGAGAGACUUCACGGACUUCUCGCAGCAGUCGCCAAAUCUCCCCUGUUAACCUCAGAUCAACGCGAGAACUUGUUCGUUAUGGGCGGAGAAUCGAAUUAUUUAUUCCGAUUCAACUCUGAGGCUGGCCGGCUUGUCUUUGUCCCAGAAGAGGACUGGACUUUAAAGUCUAUGAGGGAGUGGGCGCCGCACGACGUCGUUGCGACGCUUGAUUUUGCUGAGUCAAUCCUGCGUGAAUUGGUUGAGAAACUGGCACUUCCGGCUCAACUGAUUCGGAAGGAAAAGGGGGUCGGUAUUGUGCCAUUGAAAAACCAUAAGAUACAACGGGAGCAGCUUGAAGAGGUAGUUUUGCGUUGUGAUAAACGGCUGAGGGCUUUUCCUCCGGCAAAGCGCAUCCGAUUUUGCGCUUUCAAUGGCGGCAGUGAUGUUUGGGUUGAUAUUGGUGACAAGUCCCUGGGAGUCCAAUCUCUCCAGGAGUUUUUGUCUAAGAAAGACCCUGUUGGGCCGGCGAACACGCUACAUGUCGGCGACCAGUUUGCUGCACUCGGUGCCAAUGACUACAAGGCUCGACUGUCAGGAUGUACUGUCUGGGUUGCCAACCCUGGUGAGACUAAUGCCAUGUUAACCGACCUUCUCGUUUAUAUGAGCGAUUGGGCCAAGUACUAG